UAUUAGUGGGUUAUUUGAGCCCAAUACACCACUCACCAGAAACUCCUCUCUUUCUCCGGCGUUAGGGUUUCUUCUUCCUGCAACUUCCGACCCAUUUUCCUCAUUCCCGAUCGAUUUUCACAGCGUUUUUUCCGCUUCAGAUUCCAAUCAUGGCUACUACAACUGCAACCAGGUCUUUUCUUCAAGCUGUUGCAACGGAAGAGGUUGCAACUCCUCUUAGAGUUGUUCAGAUGGAAGGAUUGGUCAUCCUGAAGAUAAUUAAGCAUUGCAAGGAUCACUCACCUUCUUUAGUCACUGGACAACUUCUUGGAUUGGAUGUUGGCAGUGUUCUUGAAGUUACUAACUGCUUCCCUUUUCCGAUGAGGGAAGAGGACGAGGAAAUUGAAGCUGAUGGUGCCAAUUACCAGCUUGAAAUGAUGAGGUGCUUGAGAGAGGUCAAUGUGGACAAUAAUACUGUUGGAUGGUACCAGUCUACAUUGCUUGGCUCCUAUCAAACUGUGGAGCUGAUUGAAACCUUUAUGAAUUACCAGGAGAAUAUUAGACGCUGUGUUUGCAUAAUAUAUGACCCAUCCAGGGCUGAUCAAGGGGUCCUAGCUCUGAAGGCUUUGAAGCUUUCAGACUCAUUCAUGGAACUCUAUCGCAGCAAUAAUUUCACUGGCGAAAAAUUGAGGGAGAAGAACUUAUCAUGGGUGGAUAUCUUCGAGGAAAUUCCCAUCAAAGUUUCAAAUUCUGCCCUUAUCAGUGCUUUUAUGACCGAGCUGGAACCUGAUACUCCAGUCACCCAGUGUGAUUUUGAUCGUCUGCAAUUAUCAACCAGUUCACUAAUGGAGAGAAAUAUGGAAUUUUUAAUUGAAUGCAUGGAUGACUUGUCAAUUGAACAACAAAAGUUCCAAUUCCAUUACCGGAGCUUGUCUCGUCAGCAGGCUCAGCAGCAAGCAUGGCUUCAGAAGAGAAGGGCUGAUAACAUGGCACGCAGAGCUGCCGGGGAAGAGCCUUUACCCGAGGAAGAUCCUGCAAACCCCAUUUUCAAGCCACUGGCCGAACCAUCACGACUUGAGAGUUUCCUCAUAACAAAUCAAAUUUCCAACUAUUGCAACCAAAUCAAUGGGGUUGCUGGGCAAAGCUUUAACAGACUCUAUUUGCUGAAGGCUUUGCAUGAGGAGGAUUAAAAACGCAAUUUAUGUUUGUAACUCUGAUGCAUGCUAUGCAUUGAUGAUGUAAUAUCUUUUCCUAUAUGGAUGAGAAUAUUAUGAUGCACAAUAGAGGAUUAUUGUUUUAAGGCCAAGUAAUUUUUGUUUUUCUUCAAUUUUGUUUUUUAAACUCUUCAAUUGUAAGCAGUGUAAUCUGUUAUUUAGAGAGAAGAUACGUGUAGUGCUGCCUUUUGCUAGUUAAUUGUUUUUUCUUGAUCUACAAUCUUCA